UGAAGAUUCAUCUUCGUUAAACUUAUUUUACGUAAUUAGAGUUAUCUGUGAUGAAAUGUAUAAUAUGACAAGAGAAUUUUUUUUAUCACAUUUCGAUUUAGACAUUCAAGAUUAUUCAAAUAUAAGCUCUUAUAAUAUAUUUAAUUAUAAUGUGGGUAAUGGAAGAAAAACUCUAUUUAGACUAUUGGCUGCAAAAAUUCCUAUUAAGAAUACAUAUAGAAUUCAUAAGCAUGUUAUUUUGCAAGGUAAUAAUUAUGAAGAAAAAGAAUUAUUUAAUGAGGAUUUUAAAUCAGAAAUUAUUGGUUUAAAUAAAUUAAAUGAUGAGCAACCAAUAGCAUUAUCCAAACAAGAUGAUAAUUUUAUUAUAAAUGACAAUCAACGCAUAAUAGAGUUAGAAAAACAAUUAUCCCUUUUAAAAUCACAUAUUGCUGACAUUGUGAUUAAUCUAGAGAAGUCUUCCUCAAGAUCAGACUCAUCAACUCAUUUAAACAAUAUUGAUGGAAAUCUUGCUAUUCCAAAUAAAGUGUCUGAUUGCAGUAGCUUUAUGAUUCCACCACCUUUACCCAACAAUACAGUAUUUUAUUCUAGUCCUAUGACAUCAUUACCAUUAACUAAAAUGGAACAAGUUAUUAUAAAAAACACUUUAAAUAAAAAUAAUGGUCAGCUAGAGGGCAAUAAAAAUGUGCCUAAUAUACCAUCCAUACCUAAUAUGUUACCUCAUUUUUUGGAAGACAUAGGCAAAAUUAAACUAAAGCCUGUCAUCCCUAACUGUACCAAAAGAUCGUCUAAUGAAGGCUCUUGCUAUUGUAGAAAAUGUACGAUCAUCAAAGGUAGCGGGAAACAACUGGUCAAAUCGAUUAUAAAAACUUCAAAAUCUGAUGAUAUAUGUCAAUCAAAUAAUUUAUGCGUACCAAACGAUAUUUUAUAUAAUGAUAUGAAUAACUCGAAAUUCGUUAAAAAUAAAAAUUCGCAAGCAGACGAUACUUCUCCCAUGAAUCUCAUUGCCAAGGCGAUCGCUCGAAAAUUCGCCAAAACGAAUUUGCAUGAGGUUAAAGAAGAUUUUGAUUUAUCAUUUGAAAGGGAUUCAUUCCCCGACGUUAAGAAUCAUCUUAAUGCCGACAAAGGAAUCGAUACUAUUAAUUCGGAAAUGAAUAUUCAGGCAUAUUAAAUGAUUUUAUUAAAAUUAUUCGAUUCGAAUAUGAAUAAAUAUUCUCAAUUUUUAUAUCACCUGUUAAUUAUAAUUAUC